AUAGAAUUUGAGCUAUAAAUCUGAUCUGAGUCUUCUGAUGGAUUUGGAUCCAUAUGUGAAAUUGAUAAUUUUAUUGUGUUUCUUAAUAUAUUUAUGAUUUUUCUGUCCUCAAUAAAAAUCUCUCUCUCCUGUAGUUCUGUAUUGCUCUAUUUUUAUCAUGAAGCUAUUGUACAGACCUCGGACUGUUGUAACAGCCGAAGUGGCCAAACUUAUACCAGCCUUAAGAACAGCCAUACGACCCAAACCGUUGAAGUUGAGUAAUGAAGAAGGCACGCUGGGCAAGUUGAACAGCCUGAGUCGCCUGGUGACGGCGCUGGUGAGAGACGAGCGCGUCGAGCACACCUACUCGACGCUGAGCGAGGCGCGCGACUACGCCGAGCGUCUCAUCGCCGUCGCCAUCGAGCACGGCGACUGUCACCAGCCCACCAUGGAGCUCGCCGACUUCUGGCUCAAGGAGAAGCAGCUCGUCCAUAAGCUUUUUAAGGUUUUAGUGCCUCGUUUCCGCGACUCGACGGUAUCCUACACAAAAAUGUAUAAAGCGCCAAUAGCGUAUCCUGCUUCCAAGUAUGAAGGAGGGAAUCUUCAAGCUCGAGCUGACCUCCCGCAGGCCAUCCUAGAGCUGAGAAACAACCCUCUGCUGCCAGUUCUGCCUCGUCCAACCCCAACCAGGAACUGGAUCCACAACGUACUGCUGGAGGAGGCGAGAAAAGAGUACAGCCAAGAGAAGAGGAUGGGCGAGGAAUUUGCCGCGCUUGAACGCAUGCAAACAAUGGAGGAUCCUGGACCCGACAAAGAAAUAGAUUAAGUCAAGUUCAACAACUCCUCAUAAUAUAAUGUACAUGUCUUGUAACGCGUUAAAUAAGGAUGAUUUAUUU